AAUUAUUUUAACUGCAACAGGACAGAGAUACCUUAAGCACACAUAUACAUGCUUGAGGAAGCCACAACAUAAGCACCUCCAACGGGACCGACUUCAAAAGUCUGAGGAUUACUGGGAGAGAAGAAGGACAAAUCAGGCUGAAAGAGCGGGACCAUGCCGGGCUGUCAGAUCCAGACUGGGUUUGUGCCGGUUCUGCUGGUCUGUUUCUUUCUGCUGUUGGCAUCUGGUUCAGGGAAUGCACGCAUGAUCAGGAAGAGGGGACUCAACCAGAAGGACUAUGAGUACCCCAACCAUCCUCAGACCACUCAGCACCAGAAGAACGACCGCUGUCCUCCUCCACCGCAGAUACUGCCCGAGCGAGCCUGUGAGGUGCCGGGCUGCUGGUCCGAUUCUGAGUGUGAGAGACACAAACGGUGCUGUUACAACGGCUGCAUCUACACCUGCCUGGAGUCAGUACAACCUCCACCCGUGCUGGACUGGUUGGUGCAACCCAAGCCACGGUGGUUAGGAGGGAACGGCUGGCUAUUAGAUGGACCAGAAGAGGUUCUGCAGGCUGAGGCCUGCAGCACCACAGAGGAUGGAGAUGAGCCUUUGCUCUGCCCAACUGGUUACGAGUGCCACAUUAUCAACCCGGGAAGCCCCUCAGCUGGGAUCCCAAACCGAGGCCAGUGCAUCAAACAGCGUGGAAACUCAGAUGGAGAUAGCCUGAGACACAAGUCCUUCAAAGAUUACAAGGAUUAUUUAGGAAGUAACUCCAAAAAUGCAGUGAGCUAUGAGAAACAUCAGCACAAGCAUUUGGGCUGAGACAGGUGACUGAAAGUUGGUUCCAUUUUAGAGGACUGAAGAAACCAGUAACCGGUGACCCUUAUACCUGAACCCCAACCAUCAAAUCCAACAGAAUUGCACAAGCCUUUCUCUUCAGCUCAAACCAGAGAUCGGUUCAUAUCUGGUGCUCUUUUUCUUAGGUGCUUAAUGUGGAGUGACAGAAAUGCAAAGCUAAAAUUUCCUACCUCUUAUAAAAGCCAAAAACAGACCACAGAAAGUAUCAAAGAAUUUAUACAAUAACAUGUCUUAUACAUAUGCCUACUUCGGGUAAAAAAGCAGAAUUAACUAUAUGUGAGUUGUGUUGAAGGAAGAUACUUUGUGUGGUUUUUAUGCUGCUGAGUCUGAACUCUUUUUUUUUCACUUUAAACACCAAAAACAGCUAGUUAAUGUAUGCUGAAUGCUCAGUUACUAUGUCUGUGGAUUUAAAUUUUGGUACAGAAAUGCUCCAUAAAGGCUUAAA